UGUGGACAUGUCAUAGUUCACUCUGGGAGCCUGAUCGAGCGGCUGGACUUGGUUCAAAACUUGACAUCAUGAUGAGGACCCAGUUUGGAGUUUUGUUUUUGCUGGCCCAGUGGGUGGUCUACUCUGAUGCUUGGUUCUGGUCCUGGACUGGUACUACAACUUUGGCCCCAACAGUGGACCCUGAGGGGUCUGGCAGUCCAGCAGGUAGUGGAGAACCACCAUCAGAGAACAUUGCAAGGGUUGGAACAGAGAUCAUUGAUGAAGGACAUGGGAUCCAUAAGGUUGUGCAGACUUGGGAUGAGACUACUGAAGCUCCUCGGCUGACUGCUCUUCCUACAACACAACCGCAGAGUGCACCAGGAAAGGGCACCGCAGGGAUUUCAUCACGCAUAAUUAAACCUGAAGACAGUGGAGUCUCCCUGCUGCAACUGAUCGGGGAUCCUCCUCCAAGUGAGAUCACCCGAGUCUACGGACCGGACAACACGGCCGCUUACGUCUUUGGCCCAGAUGCCAACACGGGGCAGCUGGCACGCGCCCACCUCCCGAGCCCGUUCUACCGAGACUUUGCCCUCAUCUUCAACCUGAAACCCACCUCCGACAGGGGCGGUGUCAUCUUCUCCGUCACAGAUGCCUCACAGCAGAUCAUGUAUGUGGGUGUUAAACUGUCCCCCGUGCAGGGCGGCAACCAGAAUGUCAUCCUAUACUACACGGAGCCUGACUCGCAGCAGUCCUACGAGGCGGCUCGGUUCCUCGUGCCCUCCUUGAGGGACACCUGGACCAGGUUUGCUUUCGCUGUGAGGGACGACAAGGUGAUGUUCUACCUCAACUGUGACACAGACCCUCAGGUGAUGCGCCUCGAGAGGUCCCCGGAUGAGAUGGAGUUGGAAGGCGGCGCCGGGGUCUUUGUCGGGCAAGCUGGAGGAGCUGAUCCCGAGAAGUUCUUGGGUGUGAUCGGUGAGCUGAAGGUGGUGGGAGACCCCCGUGCAGCAGAGAGGCAUUGUGAAGAGGACGGCGAUGACUCAGAUAUGGCUUCAGGAGACGGAAGCGGCUUUGACGAAACCAGACCUCCGAAACCAGACAUGGAGAAACACAGAUGGACGACUACUCCUCCGUCUUCUCGCCCCAUUCAGCAGCCACCCCUGACCAGGAAAGAGGAGGUAGACAUUGCAAGAGAAACAGGGCCAGGAGGGGCUAAAGGAGAGCGGGGCGACAAAGGGGACAGAGGAGAGAAAGGAGACAGAGGUCCAAUAGGGCCGAAGGGAGAGGCAGGCUCUGGCUCCAGCUCACGAGGUGGAGCCCGUGGAGAGAAGGGAGAACCUGGAGAAAAGGGAUUGAAGGGCAGUGCAGGCUUUGGCUAUCAAGGGAAAAAGGGUGAUCAAGGCCCACCUGGACCCCCUGGGCCCCCUGGCCCUCCAGGAUCUGCAACCGAGUAUUCAGUUGGAAGCGACGGCGCCGUUGUUUCGAGAGUCCCUGGACCCCGAGGGCCACCUGGAUCACCAGGCCCCCAGGGACCACCAGGAGCUGAAGGAGAGCCGGGUGAUCCUGGCGAGGAUGGGAAAACUGGCCCUGAAGGACCUCCAGGCUUCCCUGGAACUCCAGGUGACCCUGGAGCCAGAGGAGAGAAGGGAGACCGUGGAGAAGGUCAGCCUGGUCCCAGGGGACCCCCGGGACCUCCAGGACCCCCAGGACCAGGCCUCAGAUCUACCUUUGUGGACAUGGAGGGUUCAGGAUUCCCAGAUCUGGAAUCUAUUCGGGGACUUCCUGGGCCACCCGGUCCUCCUGGUCCCCCCGGCCUACCUGGUCUCUCUACAGGUGGCACAGGAGUGAGUUCUGGAGCAUUUGGACCACCAGGAAAGGAUGGAGCACCCGGUCAACCUGGCUUGCCUGGUUUACCGGGUACUGAUGGUCUUCCAGGAGUUCCCGGUCCCAAGGGAGACAAGGGUGAUUCAGGUGAGCUGGGACUUCCAGGAGCAAUCGGAGCAAAGGGAGCUCCAGGAGACAUCGGUUUACCUGGACGUGCAGGAGAUCCUGGACUGGCUGGGUUGCCUGGACCAAUGGGACCAGUUGGACCUCCCGGGCCUCCCGGACCUCCUGGACCAAGUUAUCGUGUUGGAUUUGAUGACAUGGAGGGUUCUGGUGGGGUUUUCACCAACGGACUUCCUGGUGUCAGAGGACCAGAAGGAGUACAGGGUCCUCCUGGCCUACCUGGACUUCCAGGUAAACCCGGGUUGAUCGGUAUACCAGGUCAGAAGGGCAGUGAAGGUCCUACAGGAAGAGACGGGCAGCCGGGUCUGGACGGCUUCCCUGGACCACCGGGACCAAAGGGUGACAGAGGGGACAAAGGAGAGACGGGUGAACCGGGUCGAGAUGGAACUGGACACCCAGGUCCACCGGGUCCACCUGGACCACCAGGACAAAUCAUCUACCAGCCAUCCGACAACUUUGAUGGUGUUGCUGGCAGAGCUGGGCCUCAGGGCGGGCCUGGUUUACCUGGUCAAGCUGGAUUUCCUGGUCCAAUUGGACCAAAAGGUGACAGAGGAGACCCCGGUCCUCCAGGCUACGCAGUGAAGGGAGAGAAAGGGGAGCCUGGCUUAGUAAUUGGACCAGAUGGAAAUCUUCUGUAUCUGGAAGGGCUGGGUGGUUCGAAGGGAGACAGGGGGGUUCCAGGACCUGUUGGACCCCCUGGCCAGUAUGGGCCUCCUGGAUUAAAAGGUGAAAUUGGAAUGCCUGGAAGACCUGGUCGCCCUGGUGUCAACGGAUACAAGGGUGAGAAAGGCGAGCCAGGAGGUGGAACUGGCUAUGGCUACCCUGGAGUCCCUGGCCCACCAGGACCACCGGGACCACCUGGACUCCCUGGGCCAGCCAUACCUGUAGAUCGAUUCAAUCGCUAUGAUGACACUUCAAGGAAUUACCCAGUGGUUAAAGGAGAAAAAGGAGAGCGUGGACUUCAAGGGAUCCCAGGAACAGCCUCUAAUUUCGAUAUUUACACAUUUAAGAAUGAACUGAAGGGAGAGUCUGGAGACCCAGGUGUCAAGGGAGAAAAGGGAGAGCCUGGUGGUGGAUAUUAUGACCCACGUUUUGGAGGACUACAGGGCCCACCAGGGCCACCUGGCAACCCAGGUCUACCGGGUCCAAAGGGAGAGUCCAUAGUAGGCCCUCCUGGACCCCAGGGACCACCGGGGCCAACAGGGAUUGGAUAUGAUGGGCGUCCAGGUCCUCCAGGACCACCUGGACCUCCAGGACCCUCAGCGUCUCCCUCACUUCCAGGAGCAUAUAGGCCCAAUCCCCCUGUCAGUGUCCCUGGACCUCCUGGUCCUCCUGGCCCACCUGGAAGUCCGGGUCUUUCGUCUGGGGUCACAGUUUUGGGGUCAUAUGACACAAUGAUUGCUACUGCCAGAAGCCAAGACGAGGGCAGUCUCAUCUACAUCAUAGACAAAGGGGACCUUUACUUGAGAGUACGCAACGGACUGCGGCAAGUCAUGCUCGGCCAGUACAGUCCCUUCUUCAGAGAUCUGGAGAACGAGGUGGCAGAGGUCCAGCCGCCACCUGUGAUUCUGUACCCCCAGUCCCAGGACCAGUCGCAGAACAACGGAGCAGGCCACUACUCCCAGGGUGGUUCUGCCAUACGACCGCUUGAGCCACCGCCAAACCCACCCGUCGAUCCCAGAUACCCCCCGCAGUAUGAGCCCCGAUUCCCCGACCAGAGACACACAGGUCACACAGAUGGAAGAUUAGCCACUGAGAAUAGACACCCUGUGACUCCAGCGCGGCGACCCAGCCCACCUGUGCCAGAACCUGCGGGCCGCGUUGACACAUUGGGAUCAGCACUCCACCUCAUCGCCUUGAACGCCCCUCAAACCGGUAACAUGCGAGGAAUCCGUGGGGCAGACUUCCUGUGCUUCCAGCAGGCCCGUGCUGUGGGUCUGAAGGGAACCUUCAGAGCCUUCCUGUCCUCCAAGCUUCAAGACCUCUACACCAUCGUCCGCAGGUCGGACAGGGACAGCUUCCCCAUCGUGAACCUCAAGGACCAAGUGUUGUUUAGCAGUUGGGAGUCCAUCUUUGGUGACAACGCCAGCAAAAUGAGGGAGAGUACCCCUAUCUAUUCCUUUGAUGGUAGAGAUAUCCUCAGGGACAGCGCAUGGCCUGAGAAAAUGGUUUGGCAUGGAUCAAGCAACAAAGGCCACCGGCAAACAGACCACUACUGCGAAACAUGGCGGGCAGGCGACCGCGCUGUCUCUGGUCUGGCAUCGUCUCUACAGAGCGGCCACCUCCUGCAGCAAACCUCCAGCAGCUGCUCCGGCUCCUACAUUGUCCUCUGCAUCGAGAACGCCCUCACAUCACCCUCCAAAAAAUAAAUCCCGUCCAUCCUCCAUUUUUUUUUUUUUGUGAUCUGUUGUUUUUUUUCUAUUUUUAUGUCCAAGCAGACAUGUUUUUUUUUUUUUUUUAGUUGUUGUUUUUUUUAAUUCCCAGACAACGCAGCUUGUGAAUAUGCGGCGUCCAAUGAACUGGCCCUGUGGCACUUCGCCUGGCAGGGACGCUUUGCAUCGUCUGCUCCUCCCCUCCAUAUACGCCAAAGAAAUGGUUCAAACAGAGGGGUGUUGGUCCUUUUUCUCGGGGGCAUUGGCACAUAUUUUCUUCAAGGGGCAGAACAACAGCAGAGAAGCUGAAAGCGUUCUCAAAUUGUAUCCCUUUUUUU